CUUCGUAGUGCAAGUGUCUGUGUUUCUUCGUUCUUUACGUUUUGUCAUCGUACAUUGGUACGCAAAUUAUAUUCGCGUACAUACACGUAUAUACGAGUUACAGAAUAAGUGAAGAAUCUCAUUUAUAUACGAUCGACGUGAACAGGUGGACAUCGAGGUCGAUCGCUUUGCUGCGUGAAACGAGCCCCGAAACCGAUGAUCGAAUUUUCGUAGCAGACCGCAAAAGACAUUCACCUCGGAAGGAUAAGGAGGGAGAAGGCUGAGGGUUUCGAACAAAUUCUCGUCCCUCUGGUGGCCCUGCUCCAGUCAGCUUCGUCUCUGGUACAAGCAGCAUCGAGUCUGUCCAUUGCCAUUAAUCUUCUUCCGUUUUUCCAAGAAUUAUUCUAUGUGCUUGUCUGUUGACCUCUGGCGAGCAACAUUCGUCGCUGGAGAAACUGGAACACCCGUUGCCCAUAAACAGCGUGGUCUCGAGACCUUGCCAGCUCGUCCUUGUAACCGAAACAUGUGCCAGCCACGCUCUUAAACCACCUAUCGUCCAAGUAUCAUCCCUGUGCUUCUCGCGGUCGAAGGUGGCCGCAGGGUAGCGAGUCUUCUUUCGCGUAGCUCGAUCGUACGAUGGAGAAGAGGGCUUGUUCGAACAGCGGAUCGAACUGGAUGAAUCGGUAAAGUCGAUCGUGGUAUCGUUUUCCGGCCGACAAGUCCGUCCUGGAGGAUAACAACGACGAGCGAACGAAUGUGUAGAGUAACAGCGAGGGAGAAUGCUCGGCUGGCAGCUUUGGACAUGGGAUAGAUGAUAGAUCGCGAAUGAUGGGGUGGUAAAGCGAACAGGAAGCGCAAAAUGGAUUGGGUGCCUCGGCUCAGGUAGCCAGAGACGACAAAGUCGCGGGCGCCAGGGCGGACGAGCCCCGAGCAAGCUGUUCCUUCUUUCCGUGUAUCGUUCUUUCCAAGAACAAGACGAAUUCUCGUAUGGACAUCGUUCGUUUUUCCGAAAGACUGUUUUUCCUUUUAUGCCGUCUGGUGAUAGACGUCGUGCAAAAAGACUGAACGUGAUAAUCAAUAAUCAAUCGAGGAAUUAGUCCGCGCGCUUUAUCGUCGAUGAAACGUAUCGGGAGAGAAGAAGGAAUCGAUUAAUCUACGUAACAGAUCCCGGUGGAUUUGUUCCAACAGGAAGAAGAAGAAGAAGAAGAAGAAGAAGAAGAAGAAGAAGAGGAAGAAGAAGGUCGAUACGAAUUUACUCGCGAUCUCCGAUCUAACGGAACGCACGCGUCUGACUCACGAAAAGACUGAACACGUUGAUUCAUUUGUCGAAAAAAUGUCCUCACACCGCGUUCUUUAGAAUUCUGGCUUUCAUUUCUUGCGCCAUACAUACAUAUCUCUCGGGAUCUCACGUAAUUGUCACACAUACAUAUACGUAUACGCAUACACGCAUAGCUUGUCACUCCAGUUAUACGAGCUUUGAGAAAUUUCUGACAAACGUAUAUACAAAGCGUCGUACGCGAGUCGUAACGCGUAUUUUCGAUUAUUAUACAUAUUGCAAAUAUAUCGCGUAUAUAUAUAUACAUAUAUACAUACACACGUAGGAACAGAAUAUACAUAUUCUGUAUGUAAUAUAUCUAUGUACAUGUAAAGAAACUUUUUCGCUGCCUAAUACAAAUAUUUGUGGAUAAAGUGUCGCGUACGAUACGGUAAAAAGAAAGUCCCGUAUUUUGGACAAUUUCGCAAACCGUCUCGAUAUAUCUAUCCUUUUUUCUAUGAAGAUAAUACUUCCGUGUUAGAAAGACGUUUAGCUUCGGGGAAGAAAUGUCUGUUCGUUCUUCGUUUCCCUAACGAAACUCGUGUCGGGAAUAUAAUUAACGGCGUGCAACGAAAAACUGAAGAAGAAAAGUAAUCGGAGUCAGUGAAAAGUGCAGUAGUGUGAUCGCAGCGCGGGACCGUAAAAGAGCAGGAUGGGUUGUGGACAGAGCAAGAUCGGUAACAUCUAUCCUAAAAACAAGAAAAAUAAAAACAACGCUGGCAAGAAAAACGGAGAUUCGAUUGGUUCUGCGUCUGUGGAACAGAAAAAUGGAAACGGUAGUACGAAAAACAACAAAACGAAUAACAACGGGGUGGAGGUGAAUCGAAACGAGGAACAAAAUGGUUCUGGCGAGAUCAAGGGCCAAGCCAAGAAGAAGCCGAACGCACCUGGAAGUGGUCCUCUGUUGCAACAAACAGAGAUAUCCACUAGUCAACUCGACUUCUUCAAGAUGCUGGACGAGAAAAUCGAAAAUGGGCCGGACUACGACGAGAGUCUCGACACGACCGCCAGAGCCGAACGAGUGUCCAAUCUUCUCCGUCAGUGGGAGUUAGCUAGUGUGACCUGGUCGAGCGUGUCUGACCUGGACAAUGCGUCUCCGUCCGCGACGAAGAACCGUAGUUCGGGCCUGAAUUCAUCCCGGCAAAGUUUGAGCGCGAAAGAUAGAGAAGGAAUGAGGAAUAUAGUCGGUGGUAGACCGGAGAGCGCCCCUAUUUACAUGAGAAACGCGAAUCGCGUAGACGGUCUGCAGGAGGCCCACUGUCCAUCGCCAAAUAUGCCGAGGCACGUGCUAGAGUCGAUCACUCAAAGUCCGACCCAGAGCUUGAAAAAUGUCACGCCGCCUGGUUCCUCUCCGACCAGCUUACGUUAUCAAGACAGUUAUAAGGAGUGCAACGCUAAUCAGCCAACCGCGAAAACCGUGAAGGUCCAUUACAGUGCUCAGAAUCCUGUGAAUGGAGAAUACGUAACGCAACAGGCACUCUAUCGCGAACAGUAUUUGCAACAAACCGGGAUAAUCACGGUAUCAUCGCAAUAUGCGGCCGGUUCACCUGGUGGUAACGUCCUUAGGAACAAUCCGUACGUGCAACAGUACCAGAUCAGCAACCCGCAACACUUUAGCACCCCGAGGAAACGAGGCUUCAACGCCGCACAAAUGACGUGACCGAGUUGGCCGUGUACCACCAGAUAAGACUGACACACAUAACACACACCUACCCAGACACACUCUGCGAAUCGAGAGAGAGAACGGCGAGCAGGACUCGACGGGGAUCUCUCGGGCUCUUCGUCGAGAUGAAUUUAUUCGCGUGAACAGUAAAGAAGGAGAGAGAGCCCAUCGAGGCUGGAGACUGACCAACAAACGGAGAAGUUACUACGGAUGUUUCUCUGCGUGUUCCUAAAGAUUCCGUACAUUUUUUUUGCAAUUGGCAGAUGUUAAAUAAACGAUAACUACCCAAUAGACAAACACGAACGCGAUACAUUUCGGUGUUGGCCUAAAAGAUCCUGUAAUCCAUUUAAGAGAAAGAAUGUAAACAAGAAAUAGCAUUAUCCCUGCGUAAACUCUUCUAUACUCCAAAAAAUUCUUCGCUAUAAGUGCCAAAAUGCUACUACAUACGUAACAAGCAAUCUAAGUGUCACGGAAAAAAAGAGAGGAACAUUAUCCGUUGAACCAAUACUCCGUUCUUUGUAAUUCAUGUAAAUGAAACUU